AUGCCAACAGGAAAUCACUGGACAGCAGACCCUUCCAAGAUCAUAACUGGGUUGUUGGAGUAACUUGGAAAAGAAGAUAAAAGAACUGAAACCAUGGCAAAAGUAAAUAGAGCUCGGUCUACCUCCCCACCGGAUGGAGGAUGGGGCUGGAUGAUUGUGGCUGGCUGUUUCCUUGUUACCAUCUGCACCCGGGCAGUAACCAGAUGUAUUUCAAUUUUUUUUGUGGACUUCCAGACAUACUUCUCUCAGGAUUAUGCACAGACAGCCUGGAUCCAUUCCAUUGUAGACUGUGUGACCAUGCUCUGUGCUCCACUUGGGAGUGUUGUCAGUAACCAUUUUUCCUGUCAAGUGGGAAUCAUGCUGGGUGGCUUGCUUGCAUCUACUGGUCUCAUCCUGGGCUCAUUUGCCACCAGUCUGAAGCAUCUCUACCUCACUCUGGGAGUUCUUACAGGUCUUGGAUUUGCACUUUGUUACUCUCCAGCUAUUGCCAUGGUUGGAAAGUAUUUCAGCAGACGGAAAGCCCUUGCUUAUGGGAUCUCCAUGUCGGGAAGUGGCAUUGGCAUCUUCAUCCUGGCUCCUGUGGUUCAGCUCCUUAUCGAACAAUUUUCCUGGAGGGGAGCAUUACUCAUCCUUGGGGGUUUCGUUUUGAAUCUCUGUGUUUGCGGCGCCUUGAUGCGGCCAAUUACUCUUAAAGAUGACCAAACAACUUCAGAGCAGAACCAUGUCUGUAGAACUGAGACACAAGGCUUUCAGCGGGCGUCUCCCUCUUCGACUUGGACUAAAGAAUGGGUGCAGACCUGCCUCUGUGGCUCUUUGCAGCAGGCAUACAAUUUUUUACUGAUGUCAGACUUUGUUGUAUUGGCCGUCUCUGUUCUAUUUAUGGCUUAUGGCUGCAGCCCUCUCUUUGUGUACUUGGUGCCUUAUGCUUUGAGUAUUGGAGUGAGUCAUCAGCAAGCUGCUUUUCUUAUGUCCAUACUUGGGGUGAUUGACAUUAUUGGCAAUAUCACGUUCGGAUGGCUAACCGACAGAAGGUGUCUGAAGAAUUACCAGUACAUUUGCUACCUCUUUGCCAUCGGAAUGGAUGGGCUCUGCUACCUCUGCCUCCCAAUGCUUCAAAGUCUCCCCUUGCUCGUGCCUUUCGCUUGUACUUUUGGCUACUUUGAUGGUGCCUAUGUGACUCUGAUCCCAGUAGUGACUGCAGAAAUCGUGGGGACCACCUCUUUGUCAUCAGCACUUGGCGUGGUGUACUUCCUCCAUGCAGUGCCUUAUUUGGUGAGCCCACCCAUCGCAGGAUGGCUUGUAGACAUGACUGGCAGCUACACUGCAGCAUUUCUUCUCUGUGGAUUUUCAAUGAUAUUUAGUUCUGUGUUGCUUGGCUUUGCUAGACUUGUAAAGAAGAUGAGAAAAACCCAGCUGCAGUUCCUUGCCAAAGAAUCAGAUCCCAAGCUGCAGCUAUGGACCAAUGGAUCGGUGGCUUAUUCUGUAGCAAGAGAAUUAGAUCAGAAAGAUGGGGAGUCUGUGGCUAUAGCAAUGCUUGGUUCCAACCCCACAUGA